GACCAUGUUGUCAAUGCCUGUGCAGCCCCCAUGGAGUUGGCCUAGCCUAGCCCCAGAUAUUUUAGGAGAGGGUAAGACCAAAGAUUAACCUCUUUAGUAAGACCAAGACCUCUUUGGUAAGACAUCGCGAGAAGCGAAGUAAGUGAAAAAUUAUUCUUGAUCAAAAUUAAAAAUUCUACUUUUUACUGCAUUCGGUGUAUAAUACCUACCUGUGAUGUAAACAGAAUUUCUGUGGUUUCAUAUUCGAUUCGCGUUUUAGUUCAGAUUUCAGUAAUCAUUAAUCAUUGAUUUAAGUGUUUGUUAUCAAAGAUAAAAAUUUGCGUUUGAUUAGCUAAUAUUUUAUCAUUUUUUAUCCACAUUAUAGACUUGGUAGUGUUAGAAGAAUAUUUCAGUCCAAGCAAUAUGUCGAAAAUAAGCAAAGUGGAAAUCAAGCCAUUUGUGGAAUCAAUAUAUUUGAAGCCUUUUAGGAUGUCCUUUGUGGAAAAUGGUACUGAAAGGAACUGGGACUUGAUGGAAGUCCACGAUAGCGUUGCGAUUAUCAUCUAUAAUAUAUCAAGAGAUGUUUUAGUUUUAGUUAAACAGUUUAGACCAGCAGUGUACUAUAGUCAAAUCCCCUUGGUUGACAGAAAAGAAAUUAUAGAUACUGCAAAAUAUCCAGCAGCUCUAGGUAUGAGUAUAGAGCUUUGUGCAGGUAUUAUCGAUAAGGAAUUAUCUACUGUGGAGAUUGCCAAGGAAGAAAUUCUGGAAGAAACAGGAUAUUCAGUUCCCUGUGAUCAAAUUCAAUUUGUUAGUUCAUAUGCCUCAGGUGUAGGAACCAGCUGUAGCUUACAAACUCUUUAUUAUUGUGAAGUGAAAGACGAUAUGCAAGUAACAAAAGGAGGUGGGGUUGACGAUGAGUUUAUAGAAGUUGUUGAAAUGACAGUACCCGAAAUAAGACAAUAUAUUUCCGGAAAGAGUAUCAUGAGUCCUCCAAGUUUUCUAUUCGGAAUAUAUUGGUUUCUGUUGAAUAAAGCCAAAGCCGAAGUAUGAAUGUUGUUGAUUUUAAAAUGUUUAUAUUUGUUUUUAAUAAAUUUAACUUAAUGAUC